AUGGAAAAGGGCAACGGGAGGUCACCGCAUGUAACUAGCAUUUAUGUAGGGGGUUCAGCGAUAUUCAGCCUGAAUAGUCUACCAAGGGGUGUGGCUGGAAAGCAGUAAAUCACUGCUUGAGUGCUGGCUUGUGCGUCUCUCAGAACUAUGUCUGCAGCUGCUGAGCUGUUGCACGCAGUAUACAGAGCUCUAGGCUGCUCAAUUAGAACUUCAAAAGAUUAGAAGAAUUCUCUUCAAUCCACGUGGUUCUGGUUUAGCUGUGAGAUCUGACUGAGAGCUGCCAGUGUCUGCCUGCCUUCCCGAACCCAUCUGGCUCCGAGAUGAAGGGUAUGCUGCACUGAUCUGAAAGUGUGCGAGGCGCUUCAGAGAGAGCUGAGAAUGAUAGCUACUGGAAACCUUGCAAGUCUCCCCAGGAACACGCAGGUGAACCAUCAGUUCUCACUGGCUGCUUCUAUGGAUCUUUUGAGCAGCAAACCUCCUCUGGCUGAGCAUCAUUUCGACUCCUAUCACGAUGUUUCUAUCCAUGGCACUCUCCCAAGGAAGAAAAAGGGAACCAUUCCCAUUAGAUCUUGUGAUAUGUUUAGCCAUAUGGGAACCCUGCCAUUCUCCAGAACACACAGGCAGCAGUCACCUUUGAUUCAAGAUAUCAUAGAGGAGUAUCCCCUACAAGACAGGAAGAGUGAGAAACUCCACUUCAGAGGUCAGAAUAUCCUGGAUCCAGCUAUGGAAUAUGUGAAGUUUUCUAAGGAGAGGCAGGUUAUGGACAACACCCCGGAAAAGCUGAAGAAAGAGUUAGAGGAAGAGCUGCAGUUGAGCAGUGAAGACUUACGUAGCCAUGCUUGGUACCAUGGACGCAUUCCGCGGCAGGUGGCAGAAAGCCUAGUUCAGAGAGAUGGAGAUUUCCUGAUUAGGGAUUCUCUCUCCAGUCCUGGAAACUUUGUUCUUACCUGUCAGUGGAAAAACAUUGCUCAACAUUUCAAAAUCCACAGAACAGUCCUCAGACUCAAUGAAGCCUACUGCCGCGUUCAGUAUCAGUUCGAACUUGAAAGUUUCGACAGCAUCCCUGGGUUAGUGAGAUGUUAUGUGGGGAAUCGCAGGCCAAUAUCAAAGCAGAGUGGAGCAAUAAUUUUUCAGCCUAUCAACAGGACCGUGCCACUGAGGUGUCUAGAGGAAAAGUAUGGAGUAUCUCCAGUUCGACAAAGAGAAUGCAAUAUUACUGAAGGAAAAACAGAGACUGCAAAAAGGCUGAGCCUCAGUAUAUACGGCGUGCAGUCCCAGGAGCACAGCUUAACCAGAGGAAAUCUUUUAAGAAACAAAGAAAAAAGUGGUAGCCAGCCAGCUAGUUUGGAUCACGUCCAGGAGAAAAGAUUCCCCCUAAAGGCUCACCAGUCAGAAAGUUACCUGCCAAUAGGUUCGAGGCAUCCAUCUCAGCUACCUGAAGUAGAUACCAGCCCAUGUUCAAAUUCCCCUGCAUUUAGAACAGGCAGUGAACCUACUCUAAGCCCCAUGGUAGUUCAGAGGGUCGCUUCCAAGUCGCCAGUAGGAGAAGCUCUUAGAGGAUCAGACAGCCAGCUCUGUCCCAAGCCUCCACCUAAGCCCAACAAAGUGCCCUCGCUGAGGCAACCUCAGUCUCCUUUAGCUUGGCACAGUUCAGAGACACACUACUGUGAAUUAAACCCCGCCACUUCCGUAGACUGUGGAGCAACACAGCAAUGUCUGUCUCAGAAAAGCAGCUACGGGGAGCAUCUGAUAGCUAAAGAGAAUGGAUUGCUCUCAGGGAACUCUGAAACAAGUUAUCUGAUCCAUGAAGAUGAUGCCUUACAGAGCUCAAUGGAUCCAUUAGCAGCUUGGACUGAGAUGACUGAAGAGGGCAGCAUGUUUGUAGCACCUGUUCUUGAGACAGUAUCCAAUUUUAAACCAAAUGAUUUUGAAUCCAAACUUCUCCCUCCUGAAAACAAGCCACUUGAAACACCAAUGUUAAAAAGAGUUAAGGAGCUAUUCACCAACAGUAAUCCAAAGAUUAUUGCGCGGCAUAUACUUAGAAUGGACUGCAAGGUUGCUAGGAUACUAGAGGUCUCUGAAGAGAUGAGGAGGAAGAUGGGAGUGAGAUCAGGUUUGGAGCUCAUUACAUUGCCCUAUGGACACCAACUGCGCUUGGAUAUAAUUGAAAGACACAACACUAUGGCAAUUGGAAUAGCUGUGGAUAUUUUGGGCUGCACAGGAAACGUAGAAGAGAGGGCUGCAACAUUAAACAGGAUCAUCCAGGUAGCAGUGGAAUUGAAGGACUCCCUGGGGGAUUUGUAUGCAUUCUCUGCUGUCAUGAAAGCACUUGAAAUGCCACAGAUCGCAAGGUUAGAACAAACAUGGAUCACUUUACGGCACCACUACACCCAAACUGCCAUUACAUAUGAAAAGCAGUUGAAGCCAUUCAGCAAAGCUCUGCAUGAAGGAAGAGAGACCAUCUGUGCUCCACAAAAAAACAUAACUGUGCCCCUGCUGAUGCCCUCGGUUACCUUGAUGGAGCGACAGGUUGUCAUUUUUGAUGGGAUGGACCUGUGGGAAAACACCGAUCAAAGUUGUGAAAUAAUGCUCAAGCAUUUAGCCACAGCUCGUUUUAUAGCACAAAAUGCUGACAUGUACAGAAUGACUGCGGAGAGGAUACUGGAAGGUUUUCAGCCAGAUGAUGAGAUGAGUGAGAUCUUCAAGACAGAAUUUCAAAUGAGAUUGUUAUGGGGCAGCAAAGGAGCACAAGUUAAUCAGAGAGAGCGAUAUGAGAAAUUCAACCAGAUUUUAACUGCACUCUCCCGAAAAUUAGAACCUCCUCCAGUGAAACAGGUAGAGCAAUGAAAUAUCAAAUGGACCGUUAAGAUUAACUACUUCGUUUGCCAUUUAAUUAAAAGAAAUUGCCAAUUUGUCACUGUACAAGCCUCUAGCGUUCACAGAAUCUUUAGGACUUGUAAAUUGCACAAUGCACAUUUAUGAAUUGUUUUAAAACUACUGAUUUCUAAAUGAAAUUAUUUAUUAAUAUGCAGCUAUGUCAUUUUAAUAAUUUCUUAUAUCGGGGGGGGGGGCAUGCUAGUCUGGAUCUGUAAAAGCA